AUGAGCGCAAACAAUUCUGCAUCCGAGGUCUACCCGGCCCCGCACUUCGAGGGGUCGGAGAAGCGCGUUGAGCUCGACUUCGACGCGGCCUCGGAGGCCGGCAGCCUCAGGGCCAUUCCGCGCUCGGAUCUCGACGCGAUGCUGCGCCUGGCAGCGUGCGAAAUCGUCUCGCUCCGCCAGAACGACGAGUUCGACGCGUACGUCCUCUCGGAGUCGUCCCUCUUCAUCUACCCGACGAAGAUGGUCCUCAAGACGUGCGGCACCACGCGCCUCCUGAACGCCGUGCCGCGCAUGAUCGAGCUCGCCGCGGCCCGCGGACUCGAGGUCGUGCGCUGCAAGUACUCCCGGGCCUCGUUCCUGUUCCCGGACAACCAGCCCGCGAUCUACCAGAACUGGGACGACGAGGUCGCGUUCCUGGACGCGCAGUUCGCGGCGUUCCCGCACGGCGCGCACACGUACGUCAUGGGCGACGCCGCGCACGGCCUGCAGUGGCACGUCUACGUCGCGGACGUCGAGGGCGAGGCGCCGCCGCACCGCCAGCACUCGAUCCCGUUCAAGCUCGAGAUCUGCAUGACCGAGCUCGACGAGGCCAAGGCCGCCCAGUUCUACCGCACCGCCGACUUCGUGUCGGCGCCGGCGACGACCGAGGCGACGGGCAUCCGCAGCGUGUUCCCGCGCGCGACGAUCGACGACUACGUGUUCGAGCCGUGCGGGUACUCGAUGAACGGCCUCGAGGGCGGCACGUUUUCGACCAUCCACGUGACGCCGGAGCCCGAGUGCUCGUACGCGUCGCUCGAGGUGUGCAGCCUGGGCGCGUCGCCCGCGGAGCACUUCCGCCCCUCGCACGUCGUGCGCCGCGCCGCGGAGAUCUUCGGCCCGGGCCGCAUGACGGUGGCGAUCUCGGUGCCGUGCGGGCGGCUGGCGGCGCAGCUCGCGUGGUGCGGGCGGCAGCUGCACGCGCCGCGCGGGUACGAGAUGGACCUGCUGCACAUCGAGGACCUCGGCGCCGGCGGCCGCGUGGCCUUCGUGCACCUCACGGCGGAGGGGCGCGCCGCGGAGCGCCCGCGCGGGUCGCACGGCGUCGAGGCCGCUGCCGCGGACGCCGACACGGGCGCGAGCUCGCCGGUCAGCGACGGCGACGAGCGCAUGCCGCACAUCUCCGAGGCGUGGGUGCACCGCAUCAAGGCGGACGGCUACCUCGUCGAGCGCUCGUCCACGCCCGUGUUUGUGCCCGUGGGCAGCGGCCAGGACGCGCAGGACGCGCAGCGGUGA